AUGGCAGAUUGCUCCACAGUGAACAAGAUAUGGUUGCAUCCUACGCGUCGUUGCCAAAUAUUUACAUUGUAUGGGCUAUUUGUCUAUUCUAUAAUCAAUGUACGCGAUAUUUAUGCAUUAUAUUCUGAAUACUAUAGAAAGAUUCUUGCCUGUCAAUUUGUGUGGACGCCUAUUUACAAAACUAUGGAGCAAAUUCCUUACUGUUUGGGUCAAGCGUUAUGGAACUCCGUUUACUUUUUCAAAAAUCAUUUCGCUGUAUUCAUGGAACGAGUCAUAAUGUUUUUUAAUGAAAAUCUCACUGUGGAAAAUCUGUUUUUCGCGUGGAAAGCGAUUCGCCUUGUGUUUGAAAAAUAUCAAAAGCAAAUAACCCAUCUAAGCGUCGACGACUUGUUGCGUCACUUGGUACAAAACAUCGCGGUGGACGAAAGCGUGAAGUUCGUGUUGCGCGGCCAGCGCAUGAUAAAUUUGCUGRACAGUGUACAUGGAUGUGCGCCGAAGAAACCGAUUAGAAAAUCUCUGGUUGAAUAUUGCUUGAACCGCGUCCUGGUGGAGGCGAACAAACUGUCGGCAAAACACGAUGAUACGAUCACCGAACUGACAAGGCUCGGUGAGACGCGGACUUGGGAAGUGGACAAGGAGUUUUGCAAGUGUUACGGGCUUGAGAAGUGUGACAUGUACCAGUACGCACUGUGGGCCAUCGGCGAGGUUGGCAAGGACGCGGCUGCUCUGUUGGCCGAAUACGAGGAGCACGCGUCUCGCCCGGAAAACAUGUUUGACGACGAAAUGGUUGUCAACGAGGGCGAUGGCUCUAAUUUGUCGACCAAAGGAUACACUUUUGUAGGGCCAUGUGGCAUCUUGGACUUAGAAUUAUGCUUGCGGUUUGCAAAAAACAUCAAUCCGCAGCCACAUAUGUACCUCGAUCAUGAACUCGUGCAGCCCGAGCCCAGCAUGUCCUUGUUGUUCGGGGUUUCCGCUUAUUCGAUCAAUAUCGUGUUAUUUGGAAUUGACCUGAUCAACGGCGUGCCCAAGAUGAGCAUCUGCUUCUUCGAGAAACAACUUGAUUCGGGCUCCUCCAUCGCCGACCACAAAUGUUUUAAGAAAUUACAAGUGGCUUAAGCGUGAUUAAUUAUGAAGUAGGAGUGCUUAACCCUGGUCAACGGCGUCAUAAUCGCUGUCAAAUUGUGUAUAUCUGCCGAACUGUGCUCUCACACUCUCCCCUCUUCCAUUGUGUAGCGGUCUCGUCGUAUUACUGGAUGUUAAUGUCUCUUUGAAAUAUAAUUUUUAAUUUUAGUGAAUUUUAAUAAUAAUUUUGUUUGCAUACAAUAAAUUAAUGGUGCUAUAAAUUUUAAUUAAYUGUGAAUAUAAUAAAUGCUUAUKAAAAAUGUGUCGUGCCGUGUACUUCCGUUUUGAAUGCUGAUAUUGAACGAAAUAAAAUGGAGAAUCAAAAUCAAUUCAGGCAAGUACUUUCACAUCCCUUUCACUUUAAGAAAAGUUGUUCUACCGGUUAUCUAUUUUCAAAACAAUCAAAUUCAAACUACAACUCAACCAAUUACUUAGGUCUAAUUUUAGACAAGCGUUUAAUCUGGGGCCCACACCGAAAGUAUAAAAGAAAAGUUCUUAAUCCUAGACUUCAUCUAUUACGACUUAUUCUCAACUCCAAACUCUCAAUUGACAAUAAGCUAUUAAUUUACAAAUCUAUUUUAAAAUCUAUUUAGUCCUAUGGAAUCCAAGAUCCAAAUAUGUGGAUGUGCUGCCUUCCCAAAUACGGACCCUACAAGCCUUCCAAUCUAUUUCUCUUCGCCAAAUAACAUCUGCGCCAUGGUAUGUUUCUAAUCUUUCACUACAUAAAGAUCUUAAAAUUGAAACAGUCUUUWCUACAGCUAAAAAUUGCUAUAAAAAUUCCAAACCAAAAAAGUUCACCACAUAAGUCCAUUAAUCUCUAAUUUAGCCAGUGAAGUCAUGCUAAAUAACCUCCCACGUCGAUUAAAAAGACACUGAUGUCGAGUUCUCUUGAAUCCCGAUCUGUAUUAAUUGAAAAAAAUAACUUCUCUCUUCCAAGUUUGAGGGCUUCCUUACUGGUGGACCUCCUUCCUCACGCCAUUUCAUGUUGUGUUUAUCGUUUCUUAACUAUCAAACUUACUUAUUGUAUUG